UAUUUUGAAGGAAAGCUUAAUUUCAUUAAAUUAAUAAGUGAAAUAUAAAAAGAUUAGUGUAAGGAGUGGAUAUUGGAAAAGGAAAAUUAUAUAAUCUAAUAUUACACACCAAGAGACAAGGAAUAGAGAGGGGUGAAGGAAAAAGUCGACACGUAGAAAUCAACACUGAUUUCCACCGCAAAGCUCUAAGGCGUGUCGAAAUUUUGCUGCCUCUUUGUUAAUGGCUACGGGCUUUUUGCUUUUUGUUUUUACUCUCCCACGCAGAAUAGCAACUUGAAGAAACAGGAAGAAGAAGAAGAAGAAGUGGAUGAUGGUGAUCGGUUUGAGCAUUCAAGGCCUAUUGGAUUUGUUCGUGGCCGGGAUUUCACUCGCCAUUGGUUUGGCAAUUUUCGCUCUUAUUGCUUCCAUCCUUUGUUCUGCUGCUUUCUUGAACUGUGCCAAGGAUGUUUCCUAAUUCGGUGGUACGCUCUUCUCAAUUUUCAUCGGAAACCUGUUCUGAUUCUUUCGUCGUCUGUUUGAUCUGAAUCUUGGAGAGUAAUUUUGAUUUCAUUACAAUGGAGACAGAAUUGGCUAGUGGAAUUGAUUGAUUGAUUGAUUGGUUGUUUGUUUGUU